UGACUUUCCUUCUGAUUGAUGUGGGAACACCAGCCACAAUGAGGAACUCCUAUGCACUGCUGGCAUCUUCUCUCUCGAUUGUCAUUUUUCUUCUACUAAUUCCUGAAGAUGCCUGUGUAAGAAUUAUUGGGGGACAUGAAGUGACUCCUCAUUCAAGACCCUACAUGGUCCUACUAAAAUUUGACCAAACAAAAAUCUGUGCUGGUGCUUUGAUUGCACAAAAUUGGGUAUUGACUGCAGCCCACUGUGACCUGAAAAAAAAGGCCCAGGUCAUUCUUGGGGCUCACUCAAUAACCGCAAAUGAACCAGAAAAACAGAUAAUAUCAGUUAAGAAGGAGUUUCCUCAUCCAUGCUUUGACCUGGACACAGGUGAAAAUGAUCUUAAACUUCUUCAGCUAAACAAAAUGGCAAAAAUUAACAAAAAUGUAGCUAUCCUUCAACUACCUAACAAUGGGGAUGACGUGAAACCAGGAACUAUAUGUCAUGUUGCAGGGUGGGGGAUGACCAGCAAUAAUUCACCUCUGUCUGAUGUUCUAAGAGAAGUCAAUGUCACCACCAUAGAUAGAAAAAUCUGCAAUAAUGCAGAACACUACAAUUUUAAUCCUGUGAUUGGACUCAAUAUGAUUUGUGCCGGAAGCCCUCGUGGUGGGAAAGACUCAUGCCAUGGAGAUUCUGGAAGCCCUUUGCGGUGUGGAGGUGUUUUCCGAGGCAUCACUUCCUUUGGCCAUCCAGGGAAAUGUGGAGUCCCUCAAGCACCUGGUGUCUAUACGCGUCUCUCAAAAAAAUACAUUCACUGGAUAGAUAAGGUUAUGAAGGAGACAGUUUAGAUAACUGUAUUUUAUUUCAUUUGUUGUCAAGUCAAUCUUAUCACAAAUAAAAUCAAUCUGUAUUGCUGUA